AUGAAUACUACUACUAGUACUAGCAGUGGUAGUAGUAGUGAUGGUACCGCACCGACUAACGCAUCACACGCAAAACUCGCAUCUGCGCUGCUUGACGACACGGAGCUGGACGCCGUACUGGAACGCGUGUGUAGCUUCUUCGACUCUAGCUCCAACCCGGAUUCCGGCACCACCUCUAAAUCCAAUCAUGAUGCGUUCAGAACACAGCCCCAGACUCAGAUUCAGAUUCAGACUCGGACUCGACAGCGACGACAGCAGCAAAAGCAGCGGCAACAACAACAACAACGAUUACCCACACGCCUACCCCAUCUCGACGCCGCGCUAACCGGCGGCUUGCAACAAGGCCUUGUGGUCGAACUCAGCGGCGAACCCAAUUCCAGUAUCAGCACUAGCCAUUUCUGUAUCUCGCUCCUCGUCACCUCCUUGCUGCUGUAUCCGUGUUCGAGUGCCGCGGUGAUAGAUAGCACGGGCCAUUUCAAUGUCGUAAGGUUGCUGGAGAUGGCGCGGGAGCAGUUGGUGUUGGGUUGUGGUGGUGGUGGUGGUGGUGGGAUUGGAGGAGCGGUUGAUGAAGGGGAGGUGCAGAGAUUGCUGGAGCGUGUCAAGAUUAUGCGUGUUUUUGAUUUCGAGGGCGUGAGGGAGGCGCUGGGGGAGAUUGAGCGGGGGUUGGGUGCGGGAUGCGUGCAGCAGGAGGGGCUGCAAGGUGCAUUGUUUGAGGAUGAGGAGGGGGAGGAAGUGCUGGUUGGGAAUAAAGAGAAGAAGAGGACGUUUGUGCCGGAUAGUGAGGAUGAGGAUGAGGAUGAAAUGCUGUUUGAAACGGGUGUUGGUGCUGUUGAAGAAGCGGGGGUACAACAAGAUGUAGAGAAAGCUGAGGGAAAUGCAGAGGCAGACGAACCAAAGCACAUGGGAAACGGCUCCAGCACGCAAAACAGAAUCAAGUUUAUCCUAGUUGAUAACUUGACUCAUGUCCUGGAGCCCAUGUUGAGGAAGGAUAGGAUUAAAGCAACAGCACAAGCAUCCGCCCAUCUCGGCCAUCUCGGCCAUCUCACACAUACCCAUGCUCUCCACACCAUCCUUGCAACCCGCGCUACUGCCGCCGUCGCUGUUCCCAGAGCUACGACGACGAUGACGGCGGCGCAGUCGGGAUCAGCAGAACCAGCAACAAGAGCACCCCCAACCCUCCAUCUUCACAAGCACAACUUCAACCCCCAAUCUCAGCUCUAUCAUCGCUCCACAUAG